AUGCGUGCCUUUACACUCUUAGCUGCUGCUCUCUCGGCGUCCCUCGUUGAAGCUGUCCCUGCUCAGAAGGCUGCCCAAACUGACUAUGCCGGAUAUCUCAUCUCGACCUUUAGUGACCCAACUCCGCAAGUACAAUGGCAUCUCUCAGAUGGAAAGUCAGCGUCGAGCUUCAAGUUCUUGAACGGUGGCAGCCCAGUCUUGACGAGCGACGUCGGCACCAAAGGCGUCAGGGACAUUUUCCUGGCCACGAACAGCAAACGCUCUGAGUACUUUACUAUUGCCACUGACUUGGAUAUCAAUGCCCCGGGCUUUUCAUGGGACUGGGCCACACGAAAUGGAAGCCGAGGUCUUGUCGUUUGGUCCUCCAAGGACCUUAUUAACUGGUCGAAACCUACACUUAGGAUUAUCGAGACUCCUACUGCAGGCAUGGCAUGGGCACCUUCUGUUGUAUGGGACGAUGCCACUAAGCAAUACUACGUCUUCUGGGCAUCGCGACACUACGCUGCUUCGGAUACCCAGCACAAGGGCGAAGCAACUCUGAACAAGAUUAGGUUCGCUACAACUAAAGACUUUAUCAAGUUCAGCGCGCCCAAGGACUAUCAUUCCGUCAGUGGCACUGGUCUAAUCGACCAGGAGUUCCAGUACCUCGGCACGCCAGGACAUUUCGUCCGUUUCCUCAAGAACGAGACCCUCAAUCAAGUCUAUCAAGAGACCACAACGACUGGCCUCUUUGGUACUUGGACUCGUGUCCCUGGGUAUGUUCGACCUGAGUCUCCGCUUGAAGGACCUGGCUCAUUUGCCGACCUUAACACUCCUGGACUGUAUCAUCUGCUUCUUGAUGAUUAUACUCAAUAUGUACCUUUCCAGACCUCCAACAUCCUGUCACCAAAGUGGGAGAAGUCGGACUUUCCUAACUUUCCCAAGGGUUUGAAGCAUGGUUCUGUCACGCCUCUUACCAAGAAGGAAUAUGAUGCGGUUGCUGCCAAGUAUGGCAAAUAA